GCCGGGCCGUGCGCGGGGGCCAGCGCCAAUGGCGGUAGGCGGAGGGGGCGGCUGACGGGAACCGUUUGCCCGUCGCGCUCAUUCAUCGCCGACGCCUUUCUCGACCCUUGCCCUCCCCCGCCGCUAUGGAGGCGCUGAUCCCCGUCAUUAACAAGCUGCAGGAUGUGUUCAACACAGUGGGGGCCGACAUUAUCCAGCUGCCGCAGAUCGUGGUGGUGGGCACGCAGAGCAGUGGAAAGAGUUCUGUGUUGGAAAGUCUUGUGGGGAGGGAUCUGCUCCCACGAGGUACUGGAGUUGUCACCCGGAGACCCCUUAUUCUGCAGCUGGUGCACGUUUCCCCAGAGGAUGGUCGGAAAACAGCUGGAGAUGAAAAUGAGAUAGAUGCUGCAGAGUGGGGUAAAUUUCUUCACACCAAAAAUAAGAUCUAUACAGAUUUUGAUGAAAUUCGUCAGGAAAUAGAAAAUGAAACAGAGAGGAUUUCAGGAAAUAAUAAGGGGAUCAGUCCUGAACCUAUUCAUCUUAAGAUUUUUUCAUCUAAUGUUGUAAAUCUGACUCUUGUGGAUUUACCAGGAAUGACAAAGGUACCUGUUGGUGAUCAGCCUAAGGAUAUUGAACUUCAAAUAAGAGAGCUAAUCCUUCAAUUCAUCAGCAACCCAAAUUCAAUUAUUUUGGCAGUCACAGCUGCUAACACAGACAUGGCGACUUCAGAAGCACUUAAAAUUGCACGGGAGGUAGAUCCAGAUGGUCGAAGAACCCUUGCUGUUAUUACAAAGUUGGAUCUCAUGGAUGCUGGCACUGAUGCUAUGGAUGUGCUCAUGGGAAGGGUGAUUCCAGUCAAACUUGGUAUCAUUGGAGUAGUGAACAGGAGUCAGUUGGAUAUUAACAAUAAGAAGAGUGUAGCUGAUUCUAUUCGUGAUGAGUAUGGUUUUCUUCAAAAGAAGUAUCCUUCCCUAGCCAAUCGAAAUGGAACCAAGUAUCUUGCUAGAACACUGAACAGGCUGCUGAUGCAUCAUAUCAGAGAUUGCUUGCCAGAACUGAAAACCAGGAUCAAUGUUUUAGCUGCUCAGUACCAGUCUCUACUGAACAGCUAUGGAGAACCUGUUGAAGACAAAAGUGCCACUUUAUUGCAGCUUAUUACCAAAUUUGCCACAGAGUAUUGUAACACUAUUGAAGGAACAGCAAAAUACAUAGAGACUUCAGAGCUAUGUGGUGGAGCAAGAAUCUGUUACAUUUUUCAUGAGACUUUUGGAAGAACUUUAGAAUCUGUUGACCCACUUGGUGGCCUUAACACAAUUGAUAUUCUGACUGCCAUUAGAAAUGCCACUGGUCCCCGUCCUGCCUUGUUUGUUCCUGAAGUCUCAUUUGAAUUGCUGGUAAAAAGGCAAAUCAAACGUUUAGAAGAACCUAGCUUGCGCUGUGUGGAGCUAGUUCAUGAAGAAAUGCAGAGGAUUAUUCAGCAUUGUAGUAAUUACAGUACACAGGAAUUAUUGAGGUUUCCUAAAUUGCACGAUGCCAUAGUUGAAGUAGUGACUUGUCUUCUGCGUAGAAGGCUCCCUGUCACAAAUGAAAUGGUUCAUAAUCUAGUGGCCAUUGAGUUAGCUUAUAUCAAUACCAAACAUCCAGACUUUGCUGAUGCCUGUGGGUUAAUGAAUAACAACAUAGAGGAACAAAGGCGUAACAGAUUAGCCCGGGAAUUGCCUUCUGCUGUGCCACGAGACAAGUCUGCUAAGGCUCCAGGUGUAUUGACACCUGCUUCCCAGGAGACUGUUACUGCUGCUUCUGCUGAGGCUGAUGGCAAGGCUGCUUCUGGAAUGGGAGAUACCUCUCAGGAGCCUGGAACAGGCAACUGGAGAGGAAUGCUGAAAUCAAAAGCAGAAGAGGCACCGGCAGAGGAAAAAUCUAAGCCAGCUGCAGCCCUACCUGCUAGUCCUCAAAAAGGACAUGCUGUAAACCUAUUAGAUGUGCCUGUACCUGUUGCACGCAAGCUUUCUGCCCGGGAGCAGCGAGAUUGUGAAGUGAUUGAACGACUUAUUAAAUCUUACUUCCUAAUAGUCAGGAAGAACAUUCAGGACAGUGUGCCAAAAGCAGUGAUGCAUUUUCUGGUGAACCAUGUGAAAGAUACUCUUCAGAGUGAGCUGGUAGGCCAGCUAUAUAAAUCCUUGUUGCUGGAUGACCUUCUGACGGAAUCUGAGGACAUGGCACAGCGCAGGAAAGAGGCAGCUGACAUGCUAAAGGCCCUGCAGCGAGCCAGUCAAAUCAUUGCAGAGAUUCGUGAGACACAUCUGUGGUGAAGACUGUACUAGCCACACUGUUUAUAUGCAUUGGAGGUUAUAUUGACUUGAAAAUUGCUAGGCAUGGUAUACGGAGUAGAAUUUUAUUUAUGAACUCUUCAUCUGUGUACUGCAACUGUGUAAAUCUGCUCAUGUAAAGACAGCUGGUUUGAUUUGCAAACAGAAAAAUAUGCUGUAUCUUGCAAGAUAAGUUGUAUUUAAUCUACGUAAUAAAUGGCUCUAAGUGUUUCCUUACCAGCUUUCUGGAGCAAAUUAAAGCAGACCAAGUCUACUGUUUCAGUGACAGUCUCAUUUGAACUUGGGGAAAAAACAUUAAAGUUCCAGUGCCUGACUUGCUAAACAGGUUGCCUGUGGUUAAGAUGGAUGGUGUAGUCUUGUGGCAUAGUUUUAAGAUGCUUUUACAAUAGAAGUUUAAAUACUGUGAAGAGAGCACAGAGUAUUUUCUUUCAUGACUAUAUUGCAUGCAUUAUGACAGAUUGAGGUAUCAAUUUUAUAGCACAGUAGAGAUGUCUACCGUAUUAAUAUGUGUGUGUCCCCAUUUUUUUUUCCUCAAAUGUUAAAACUGCAGACAAAACUUGGAACUUCAUUAAUGGAGUAUUGUGUAGGAAGGAUUAGCCUGGAGCUUGCGAACAACAGAAGCCUACUAAAAUGUAGGUGCAAAGUUACUUCAUGUGCACUGGAUCUUGUGUAUGAAUGUUGGGGAUUAUAAUCGCGUUCAAGAACACCUUCCCCUUUCUCCCCCGGGACCAAGCCCACGGACUGUCCAAUAGUAAAUUUGUUCUGUCAGAGUUGAAAAAUAAAAGUGGAUUUCAAAACUGUAACAGGAUAAUAAGUGUUUCUUUAAAAAAUAGAUUUAAGUUGGCCAAGGAGAAGGGGAGCCCCACAACUUCUUCCAAAUUUUGGAAUGUAUGACAGAAAGUCUGUUGUAUUGGAGUAUUUAUAACAGAGAUCAUAGUUACUUGUGAGGAAAUACUACUGUGCUGUAAGGAGCAUGCUUUUUUUCCCCCUUUUUGAGGACAAUCCUAAAAUGAGGGAAUUUUAUGUUGGAAAUUAAGUUGAUGAGUUAUGUUCUUCUGAUUAUAAUUUAUACAGCUAAAUAUUGAUCACACUAGCCUUUACAAAGUAAACAUUUUUAAUUUUUAUGAAUAAAAAUUUAUUUAAAAUCCAGUCAGCAAACUUGCAUGUACUUUUCAAGUAGAUUCACUUUUGUACAAAAAGUGAAAAUGUUUACUAUGGUGUUGCCAAUAUUUUAACACAACUUGCAUGAAAAAUAGGAAGCAAAAGGAUUUGAGUCUGACAGAUGCAAGUUUUGGACACUUUAUGCAUGACCCUAAGAGCAACCUGUGCAGAACACAAAAAUAUAUUCUUUAAACAGCCUAAAAAGUCAUGAUGUAUGCAUUACAAGUAAUGAAUACAAAGGAAGUAAUUUAAAAUUCUUGCAUUGUAUCCUGUGAUGGUAGUUCUCAAAUUUAGGAAAAAUGUGUCUGUAAUGAAGUGCAAGCCACUUUUCAAAUCAAUUCUGGUGAACAGCAAAAGCUCUUAAUAAUGUUGUCAAAAGCAGUACAUUUCUGUUUGGAAUUCACAUGACACCUCUCUUCCUUUUACUUUUGACAUGGAAGAAGUAUGUUUGCAACAAGGUAGAGCCAUCCACAGAUGAACUACCUAAGUUUUAACUCUCAAAAUUCAGUCAAGAGGCUCUUGUGACGAAAUACUCUGACAUGUUGUGUUUUGAAAUGCUGCUGCAUAAAGCAAAUUAAUUCAUUUAUUUAAAAACACCCUGUAACUUGUAACUGGAUCUGUAAUCUUGUGAAACUUCCAGUGUAAAUUUGUUUUGAAAAGUUAUGACUUUUUUGUUUCACAGACCCUAUCAAUUCGGUAAUGUUUGAGUGGCAAGAAAUGAACUUGAUUUGAAAUCCUUAAUUCAAGUCUUUAAAAAUCCAUCCUGUAACAAUCCUGAUAUUAAAUAGGUAAUACACAAAAUUAAUUAUCCCGGAAAUAAAGUUUUGAACUGAC